AGUCCCAUCAUGAUGUCAUAUCCUGACUGUUGUGAAGCUACUGUCACAUGAGAAACACUGACAAUGUAACGUUACAUGUGUAACUAGAAGCUUGGCCCAGUUGAUAGUCCGGUGAUAUUUCGGGUAUUGAAGAGGCUUUUUGUAAAGAAGUUAAAAUGACGUCUUUGCUCUCCUGUUGUAUGGGAUGGUGCGGUGAUUCGGCUUCUGGACACGUAACCCUCAAGGAGAUGCCAACUGUCCAGUUGGACACCCAUCACAUGGGCACAGAUGUUGUCAUCGUUAAAAGUGGAAGGAGGAUAUGUGGAACCGGUGGUUGCCUUGCCAACGCACCUCUGCAUCAAAAUAAGAGCUACUUCGAGUUAAAAAUUCAAUCCUCAGGGGUGUGGGGGGUUGGGGUUGCCACUCAGAAAGCAAAUCUAAACCAAAUGCCCAUGGGAAGGGAUAUCCAUAGUUUGAUCCUCCGGCACGAUGGCACCAUAUACCACAAUGAUGAGGAGAAGAACCGACUGCCUGCCAAUAGUCUGCCACAGGAGGGAGAUAUAGUGGGUAUCACAUAUGAUCAUGUGGAAAUGAAUAUUUAUCUGAAUGGGAAGAAUAUGAACUGCCCUGCCUCUGGAAUACGAGGGACAGUCUACCCUGUUGUCUGCGUGGAUGACAGUGCAAUCCUUGACUGCCAGUUCUGUGACUUCUAUCACACUCCUGCAACUGGCUUCCAGAAGAUUCUGUUUGAGCAGCAGAUCUUCUGAUGUUCCAUGCUGCAUCAUGUGGAAUCCGUCCAUCAAGUGUUUCGUCAUUCAUGAGGGAAAGCUGAGAUUCCAGGAUAUAAAAGCCAUGUGUUCCAGUGUUGCUCAAUCCAAUUACAAAUUUCCAUUUCAAGAAUACUACAGUAGAUAUUUUGUUCUUCCUUUUCUUCCAACACUGGAGGUACUGUGAUUCUAAGACACAACCUUCAUAUUCUGUGUGCUGCAGAACAUUAUGAAGGUCCUUUUGUGUUCCAAAGGUUAACCUCCUCCUUUGUUUUGCUUUAAAACAAACAAACACACAUAUAUAUACAUAUACUCACACUCCCCCUCUCUUUUUCUUUUUGCAAUGAAUGUUUGUGACACAGUGUCAUUUUGUUUGGAGACAACAUAAUGUGUGGCGGUUGUUAUGCUCGUGAUGCCUCAUGUGUGACAGAGCUUGCAGCAUUAGCUGCUGAUGGCAGCAUUAGCUGCUGAUGUCAUCAUCUGUGACAAUGUUAACCACUGGUGUAAUCAAGAACAUGCCAUGGGAAGUGACACCUACUGUCAAGUGUGACUGGAAAGGUGGAAAAUGAAGAGAUAAAUUAAACAUCAAAUUCCAGCUUUGAUGGGCAAAUAUUGGUAAAUAAAACAAGUCCUGAAAGGAAAACAUCUGGAUUUUGUAACCUGGGCCCUAUUUUCCUAACUUUUCUAGGUCCAAGUUUUUGCUAGUGACAAACGAUCAAAAUCGGUGCAGUAUUGAGUUAGAACGCUAUAGCCGGCACCCGCAAAACGGUUGUACAAUGUAAUCCCAUGGGGCAAGCAUAUGUGUCAAAGUAAACCACUUGUUUUCGCCACUUAAAGGCUCAUAAUGUUAUUAUAAGUGUCUUAACAAAAUGGAAAGGAUCCCUACAGAGAUAGACCUGUGUCUGUUUACCUCAAUAACUAUAUAAAAAAAGCUGCGUUAAAAUUUAAACCGUGAAAGAUGGGGAAAUAGGGCCUAGGUUAAAAAAUCCCAGAAUUUUUCUUUAAUUUUAAGAAAAGGU